AUGCCACUAGAAGAUCUGCUCUCAUUCCUUGGAGAAGAUGUUAGUGAUCCAGAGGAGGAAUCCUUCCUAUUAUUUUCCCAGAAACUCCCGUCUCAGGAUCUCGGUUUUGUGGACGCAAAAGCGACGAAUCUGGAGAUUACUGUCUCUGGUAGGGACCUAAAUAUCCGACAGUCACCCACGCUCCUGUCGUCCAAUCGAGAAGGGGGCACUACUGGCGCUGUUGUAUGGAAGAUCACACCAUUGUUUGCGCAGUGGAUCACAUCAAACAGCAAUAUCUUGUUUCGGUUGUCUGUUCUUGACGAGAGCUCGAUAGCGCUGGAGCUGGGGUCUGGCAUUUCUGGCGUUGUAGCCAUCGCAUUGGCCCGCCGAAUUGGCAGAUAUAUCGCCACCGAUCAAGAGUACGUCUUCAAGUUGCUGAAGGCUAACAUUGAGGACAACAGUCCGAAAGGAACAGGCUCAGGCUCCAGUAUUGCCAAGCAUCAUGGCAAGGCGCAAGUUAGCAAUGGCAGUGCGCGCGUUAGGAGCAAGAUAGAGGUCUUAGCUUUGGAUUGGGAGUCCAGCUUGGCAUCAAAUUUACCUGCAAUGAUGGGUACAGAUUCAGCAGAGGUGUUCCAAGCCAUUGAUGCCGUCAUAGCGUGCGAUUGCAUUUACAACGAGUCACUUAUCGAUCCUUUCGUACGCACAUGUGCUGAUAUAUGCCAAUUGGCCAACGCAUGCUCGGCUGAGAAGCCGACGUUGUGUAUAGUCGCUCAGCAACUACGCUCUGAUAUGGUUUUCGUAGCUUGGCUAAAAGCUUUUCACAAGCUUUUCAAAGUGUGGAAGAUGCCUGAUGAUCAUUUGAUUGAUGAGCUAAAGGAUGGCUCAGGAUUUGUCGUGCAUGUUGGGAUCCUACGCACGGGAACACAAUCUCACUGA